AUGAUAAAUAAGAUUAUGUUACCAGUUGAUAUAUUAUGUCGAGAAUUACAUCGACUUGAUAAUGAUAUUGAUCGAUUACAAAUGCUUAUUACACUUAAAUCUCAUCUUAAUAAUUUACAAUUUAAUUCAAAUAAUCUACAAUUCUUUUUUUCUAUCUUUAAUGAUGAACAAUAUCGUUUACAAGCAAUUAAUCAAUUAAUUCCAUCGAUUCAUACAUUUAUUACAUCCGAUAAUAAUCUAACAAUACUUUUAGAACUUUUUACUAAUAAUGAAUAUCGUUUAAAUUUAAUUGAAACACUGAAAAAUUGCGAACCUUUAAAAACAAAUAAAGAAAUUAAUGAAAUAUUACAUAAUGAAUAUCGUCAAUAUUUUCAUGUAAAAAAAAUUCAAUCAAAACAAGAUAUUAAAAAUUCCGAAGAUCAAUUUACUCAAAUUGAAAAUUCUAAAGAUAUAGAACCAAUUAUUCCUAUAACUACAACAUCUAAUGUUGCUAAAGUUUUAUCAAAUACAUCAGGAGUAUUUGAAAAAGCUAAACAAUUUGUAUGUCGUGUAUUUGGUGGUAGUUCAUCUUCUCUUAAUCAAGAAUUAUCAAAUAAACGAUUGAUUAAUGAAGUUAAUUCUAUAAUAGAUAAUAACCAACAAAAAAAAUUUCAUCCUAUCGAUGAUGAUAAUAAUGAUUUACAAUUUCAACCAACAUCAAUUUCUUUAUCAACAUCACAAAGUUAUACAUCAUUAAUUACAAAAUCACCACCACCUUCACCAAUAACACAACCAAUUAUUCGUCAAUCAUCUAUGUCAUUUCAUAUAGAUGAAUCAUCUAUACCUAUUCAAUCAAUGAUGGUAACACAAAUUCAUUCAAUUCUUGAUAAUAUUGAUUCAGUUCUUGAUAAAAUUGAAACAGAAGCUAAUUCAAUUAUUCGACGACCAAUUUUUGAUGAAAAUUAUUCAUCUAUUGAAACAUCAAAUAUAAAUAAUUUAAAUAAUGAUUUUUCUCAAGAAUUAUCAAAUCCAUCAAUACAACAAAGUACUGAUCAAAUAACACAAACGACUAUUAAUAUUGUUGAACAUCAUUUAAAUAUGAAUGAUGGUAGUGGUGAUACAACACCAACAUUUAUUGAUUUACUUGAUAUUAUUGAAGAAUCUAAUUCGAUUAUAUCAUCAGAAUCGAAUGAUGAAAUAAUUGAAAAUGUUCAUUGA